CGGCAGGCAUUUAAGGGGUGUGGUAAAAGAUAGGAUUUUGGCCCGACAUGGGCUUUGGAUCCACUAUUCCAAGUUCGUUUCAGCUGAAAAGGAUCACUCUGGUCAGUGGUUAAGAAACAAAGCAACGACGAUGGUUGUAGCUUCAUCACUGUCAAUGAGCUUGGUUUCAACAGCAGCAGCAGCUUCUUCUGCAUCAAUAGCCAAAAGGGUCCCCGUCUCUUCCUUAACUUCAUCAGCAGGCAACGAGCCAUCCGUCAGUUUCUCGUCGGAGCCGUCCUUCCAUGGAGAAGCUAUCACUGAAUUUGGGAAUUGCUUGCGGUUUUUGCAAGGCAAGUUGAAGAGACGACAACUGGUUUUGGGGCUGGGAGGAGCACUCACCACAAGUACUCUAAUCCCACUAAACUCUGCUUCUGGUGAAGAGAUGAUGAAGAAGUAUCAGAGUUAUGUGGACCUUGAAGAUGGGUAUUCCUACAUCUACCCAUCAGAUUGGAGAGUGAGUCCUAAUGCUAGCAAUCUUCCCCUUUCUGUUGUUGCAUUGGAUAUUCACUGUGUUUUGAUGGUGGUGAGGGCGAGGUUCAUGCCGACGAAGAAGAAGGAUAUCCAUGAACUGGGUCCAAAGGAGCAGGUCAUAUCCGAUUUGAUCAGCCAUGUUUAUGCUGCUCCAACUCAAAAACCCAACAUUUACUCCAUGCAAGAGAAAAGCGUGGAUGGGAAAAAUUACUACACGUUUGAGUAUGAGCUCACGUCUCCUAAUUACUCCAGCGUCUCCUUGGCCACCAUUGCUAUUGGCAACGGGAGGUAUUAUUACACGCUGAUCGUAGGAGCAAACGAGAGACGGUGGAAAAGGGUUCGCAAUCAGCUCAAAGUUGUUGCCGACUCUUUCAAGUUGCUCGACAUUUGAUGAUUCCUUACUGUAAUCCAGUUACAGGGCUCCUAGAUCUAUCGCCAAGGCAUACUCCCAUUGCAUCAUCAUGUCAAUUACCAUCAACCAAUGUUACAGUAGUUGAGGAAUGUUGAAAAAGCUAUAGAAUUAUCAACGUGGUUAUUUACAGAAAAAAGAUUACAACAAAUGCCCCUUCCUCCUCCUUCCCUCCUCCUUAAUUUACCCCUUCCAGUAUGGUAAAAGAAUAUACAGUGGCCCGAUAACUCUGCUGCAGUGCUCCAUAAACCGAUUACAUUCAAGAAGACCAUAAAAGAUUUCGAAAUCUAACCAACGAGAAAACCCAAACACACAUCACUAGAAAUAGAUUUACACUACUCUCCCUUUCUUCUAGUCCAUUUCCCGCGCGCGACGUGAUAAUCAACAAAUCAAAACAUAUAUAUUACCAUGGAGGCAAGAAACCAUUGGUCCAUCAACCUACUAACACCACUCCAUGCCUCCACAAAGAAUUAUCUUCAUCCAGCCACACCCUGAGCAGACCUGACCAACCAUCACCUUCAAACAUCAAAAUCACCAGCCUUCCUAAAUCCUAAAGUCUUAACAACUCAAAAGCUUCCCUCACCCACUGCACAACCUCCCAUUUCUCUCGAUUAACAUUGUUGUAAGCCUUCUUCGUAUCAUCAUACACAUGUCUGUCCACUCUGGAUACAGCUGCCAUCUUAUCGACACUCCAACAAAUAUAGCUCCUGUAGUAGCAUAUUCCUUUAUACUUGUAACCAGACGAGAGGCCAGCUGCUUGUAUAACCAAAAAUCAAGAUUCAGACAUACUGAUGGAUAAAGCCAAACCCUAAAUAAGACGAUGCUGGCGCAAGCCUUUGCCAAAGUGAGGCUGCAUCAAUCUGACAUACAACCCGUUCUUUGCCAUCAAGGCAUCAUGGCUCCCCUCUUCCACAAUCCGUCCUCCAUUUAGAACCACAAUAUUGUCCACAUGUCUCAUCAUUGCAGCUCUAUGAGCAAUCAAGAUGGUCGUCUUGUUUCCCAUUAUCAGUGUAUCUAGUGCCUCUUGCACCACCCGACUGGAUUCUGAUUCUAUGGAAGAACUAGCUUCGUCGAGUAGCAAAAUCGGUGCAUUCUUGAGCACCACCCGAGCAAUAGCUAUCCUUUGCUUCUGCCCUGGCGUUAGAUCCACACCGCGCAUUCCCACGUGAGUGUCAUAACCAUGAGGUAGGCUGCUGAUGAAAUGGUGAGCGUUAGCUAUUCGUGCGGCUUCCUUCAUCUCAGCUUCACUAGCAUUGUGCCUAGCGUAGAUGAUAUUUUCCCUAAUUGUUGUUGAGAAGAUGAUCGGUUCCUGCUGAACAAGACCCAUGUGACUCCUCAACCAUCUGAGGUUAUAAAGUUUCAAAUCUCGACCGUCCAGCGUAAUCUGACCAGCAACUGGAUCAUAGAAUCUCUCAAUCAGAGAGAUGAUGGUGCUCUUUCCCGACCCUGAUACUCCUACUACUGCUACCGUUUGACCCCCAUUGACUUUCAGACUGAAAUUGCUUAAUACCAACAGCUCUGGACGGGUUGGAUAACAGAAAUCAACAUUCUUCAACUCAAUGCUACCGAAGACAUUCGGAGGUUUUAGUGCCAAAUUCUCGUCAGGCUCAAUCUUGGGCACCCUGUCUAUAAUCUCGAACACUGAGAUGAGAGACUUUCGGCGCUUGAGUAUGUAAG